UUCGCGCAUUAAUUAGAAUAAUUUCCUGAAUUUUUCUCCUUUUGAUUCCACGUGGUUGAUCUCUAGGAAGAAGGGUAGGAUAACUACCAGCACUGGGCUUUGUACUUAAAGAAAAUAAGAAUGACUAGAUUGUAUUGUAAAGGCGUUUUUCUUUCAUACCGUCGUGGUAAAAGAAACCUUCAUACUCAGCAGUCUUUAAUAAAAAUUGAGGGCGUGGAGAGCAAACCGGAAACCGAGUUUUAUUUUGGCAAAAGAGUUGCAUAUGUUUAUAAAGUACAAAAGAGAGGGAAAGCAAGAGGUGACAAAAAGCCUAGUAAGCACAGAGUGAUAUGGGGUCGUGUUAUGAAGUCUCAUGGUAAUAAUGGUGUCGUCCGAGCUAAAUUUAGGAAGAAUCUACCAGCACGGGCUUUAGGAGCACGUGUCAGAGUGAUGCUGUAUCCUUCAAGGGUCUGAUUGCCUAAAAGACUCACACAAUGUUUUAUUAUAAAAAAUUAAAAAUAAUGAAAUUCUUGAUUGAAA